AGUCAACAGGGAAAACGAGUGGGCCUCAUACCGUCCGAGCAUCUACAGCAGAAACGACGAACGGCCCGAGAAAAUGAAAAAAGUAAAGGUGGAAGUCGGAAACUUUCGAGAGCCACCAAUGAGACAGACAGCCUGCUGUAUGAGUCAGUGUCGCUACUUUAUCCGAGUAAGACCGUUAUACGGCCGAUCGUUUUGGUGGGACCACCGGGUGUUGGACGAAACGAAUUAAAAAAACGGUUGAUCGCGAAGAACAGCGAUCAUUAUGCGGCAACUGUGCCUCAUACGAGUCGCCCUCAACGCAGUAAUGAAAAAGAAGGAGUGGAUUAUUAUUUUUCUAAGCGUGAAGAUAUGGAGCAAUGGAUCAAACAGGGUCGAUUCUUGGAGUAUGGUGAAUACAAAGGAAAUCUGUACGGUACACUUGCUGAUUCGGUACAUACCGUUAUCAAGCAAGUCGUUCUGCUAUGCUGGAUAUGA